GUUGAUAGCUCACAGAGAGAUAUUGAUACCUCCCCCUGCAAUAUUUAUUUGUACUGCAUACCUUCUCUAUUUCAAACUCCAGGACAGAUACAGAGGGAGUCCUCCCCAGGGAAGCUUAUGAUAUCCCUUGUUUCGAAGAAAACUCAUGAUAUCUAGCUUCCAACCUUCCAGACUUCGCCUCCUCCGAGGAUCGCACAGCUAUAGAGGAUACCUCUGGCGCUGGCAUGCAUCAACACCAAGGAUAAGAUCUACAGGAUGGCCAUGAAUGGUCCAUCUUACAGGUUACUCUCGUGGUUUUUAUGUUUUGUAGCAUGCAUUCUCAUGGAGUCUGCUGUAUCUGUCCAUGCAUGGUGCCCUCUACAUCCGAACUUGAGGCGAGAAGCAGAGUUUAAGCAGAAGACAAAUAAGUUCUGGGAGUACCAGGAGCAGAGUAAUACAUGGGUAGAAAUAAGCAUGCCUUUCAACUUGAUGUCCUGCAUCAACGGUACCUGCACAAAGGUAGGAUCAAUUGAGCAACCAGAAAGGAAACAUGGCCGUGCUUCCAUUUCUAGUCAAGAGAAGGAUACUGAUCCAGUCCUGCCCAUAAGGAGAAGAAUUUCGUUGGCAAGAAUGUCAGAAUCGUCUGUGUGGGUGACAGGACAAAGUGGAUCAAUCUAUGAGAGGUUUUGGAACGGGGUGAUGUGGGUGAUUGCUCCUCAUGAGCUCCCAACAUCGGCUGGGUAUGCAACAGCAACUUUCAUCGUGAAUACAACGAUCCUUGCUCUGUCAGAGGCUGGAAUCCUCUAUCAGCUACAGCUAAAUGAGCAUGCCCAGCCUAUCUGGACAGAGAUGACAUUCACCUCCGAACAACAUUUCACAAACCUUGGGGAGAAGACACAAAGCCAAGCUACGCACAUAAAAAAUGGGAUUGUAUCACAUAAUGGAAGGAAACUUUUCCUUUCUAUCAUGAAUGGGUCCCUACUUGAGGUCACAGAACUUCAGCCUCUAAGGUGGAAUUGCCACGGGCGUCCUCCAGGAGCGGAUGUAUCAUAUAUAUCUGAUGCUGAAAACGCAAGACCAGGGACCGUGUUCACAGUAAGUUCUACUGGAGACCUAUAUGAAUUUGACAAAGAAACGAAGCCAUCAUGGAAAAAGCAUAUAUGGAAUGAACAGACAACAAAAAAUGUCUCGCUGAGCUCAUCUGUCGGGUGUGUUUUACAUGGUCUCUUGGGAUCUAAUUCAGUAUCACUUUUUCUGAUAACCAAGGAUGGUAUUUUAGUGGAGCGGCGGUUGCAUAGAAGGAAGUGGAAGUGGGAUAAACAUGGAGCACCUAAGAGUCAAAGACUCAGCUCAAUUACAGAAAUUCAAAAGGAUGAAUCUAAUGAUGCAACUUCAAUGUUUUUUACGACAACCACAGGAAAAGUAUUUGAGUAUCAGUUUCCAAAAUAUACAGAACAUAAGUUGACAUUGUUUAUCUUUUUCACUGGACAAGGUGGGGCUCAAAGCAACAAGAUCAGAGGACUAUGGGUAAAUCACAUGUCCCCUGACCAUGCAGAAGUCGCACGAAACGUCCGAGGUUUACAGGUUCAAGUUGGCAGAAUGAUAUUCCAACUAGAUGAUGGCAGGCUUGGAGAGCUGCAUUUACCUGGUAUGGGAGGUGGUCAUUUUGGCCCAAAUCAACAGAAUAGCAUAAGAAGGAAAGUGUCAAACAAGUACGAGUGGUCUAUCCUAGAUACACCAGAAACAGAAGGUUGGAAUGCGGACUAUUGCACUGAAGAGCAUGGGCCGACAAACUGUAUUACCGGAGCAGUGAAUGUAGCUGCAGAUACAGAACCAACCAACUUGAGCAAUGCCCCGCCUAGAAGGCGCAAAGCAGAAAAGAAGCAACACUACCUAUGUGUUCAUAGUCAUGACAGUGAUGAAACAGAAUCAUACAACAUUCUAUCACGAAGCAUAUAUCUUAGCUUUCAUAUGAGGGUAAUGCAUGCAGAUAGAUCACUUUUCCUCAUAACAGAUAACGGAUUAACUUUGGAAUAUCUAAACAGCAAUGGUGUGUGGCUAUGGCUAAGACAUGAGCACACUACAGCCAUGAAAGGUACACUAGGAAGCUACAACGGCAGCUUGUAUCUUGUCGAUGUUCAUGGUAGCUUACAUAUUAGAGAAAGAAACGGAGACGAACUCUUAUGGAUUAAUUGCACAGCAAUGAGGAAGGGAAGACAGGUUGCCAGUGGGGCUCCAUGGGAUGGCAUCCCUGGUUUAUCACGCAGAGUGACAACAGAUGAUGCGCUUUUCUUCGUUAACAAAAGAGGCAGAUUGCUACAGUUCACGGUUGCAUUGCGUAAAUUCAAGUGGAGGGACUGCCACAGCCCUCCCGAUACAAAGAUUGCAUUCAUCGUGGAUCAGGAGGUGUUUAGAAGAAACAUCAUCUUCGUGGUUGGACGCAACGGUCGCAUGUACCAGUAUAACAGAAUUACAGAGCUAUGGCACAGGCACUACCAAUCACCUCACCUCGUCCUCGCAAGAUCUCCCGGGACAGCCAUGAGACCGUCCCCUCUCUCCCUCACCGGCUCCAUCUUCAUGUUAUCCGAGCACGGCGGGCUCGUGGAGUACCAUUUCAGUCCACAGGACGGAUGGGAGUGGAUCGAGCACGGGACUCCCCACCGGGACGUCACCCUUGUAGUAGCCCCAGGGCCUUGCUUUGACGGCGCCCAGCUGUUCGUGGUCGGGUCUGACGGGCAGGUCUACCGGCGGCACCUGGACAAGCGGACAUGGGGAUGGACGAGCCAUGGGCACCCGUCGGAACCAUCCACCACGGCGCCGGACAUGAUCGGCGGCCGCGAGCAGAGCUGCGCCCACGCCGCAGACGCACACUACGCGAGCAGCUUCAGGGGAAGCUGCGACGAAAAGGUGGCAGCCGUGCGGCCGGUGCCGUUCUCGGAGGACGCGGUGGUCUUCGAGCUGCGCGACGGCCGGCUGGCGGAGCUGCGGCGGGCGGCGGAGGGGCGCGGCGGCUGGGAGUGGGCGCGGAUCAUCGGCACGCCGGCGAGCGCCUGCAUGACCAGCUACUGGACGGCCGUCGCCACGUAGCCGGCGGGAGCGGAAGGGAAUCCUUCUGGUGUAGCGGGAAUGCAAACGGGGGAUCAAAAUUUGAACGGAAUACCGAGUACGGCAUAGGCACGACAGGAGUACUACUAGCGCAUGUACAGCAGACAUCCAUGAAACAGAUCGAGGUAGUUGUUCACUUUCGGACAGAUUCUUCUGGAGCAAACAGUAUCUCACAGGAGGUAAGACUAGAAUAUUGAAUUCGUCAAAAGAUAGUCAUGGCUGCCCCUCGAUGAAGCGCGUGUUUGAUCAUGUACUCGCUCCGUCUCGUGUCAACUGGAUUCAAAUUUGCUUAAAUAUUGAUAUAUUUAUGAAUUCAUUUAGUAUGGGAUGGAAGGAGUACAUUA